AAUCAUGUCAUCUCUGGUCGUGAAUUGAAAAUGUUUUUCGUAUCAUAUUAUCUGUGUUUUGAGCGCAUGUUUGGUGGGGAACGGCAGGUGUAGGAGGAACGGGAGUAUUGAAUAUCUGGUCCGCAAGCAAACCAUACGACUGUGCGAUGAUGUCCGACAGGAAACCAGUGCCGGCCAGUCGUGUCCGCACUCAAGCCACGCACCCAUCGAUGGCUGUCAUCCCGGAUGUGCGCGAAGACGAGGAGCAGUCCGUCAAAAUGCAAGAGAUGAUCAACUUAUUGGUCGCCGGCGGCUAUUUCAGGGCCAGAAUCAAAGGACUCAACAAUUUUGACAAAUCUCUCAUUUGUCUGUUCUGUUCAUCACUUGAACUCUUCAUUUGUGUCGAUCACGAGGUGGUGGGAGGCAUGAGUUGGGCCAUCGAGAUGUCUAACGUGGACCUCGACGUCGAUAUACUAUUCCAGGAGAGUCUCACUAUCGGUCAGAAGAUGUGGGUUCAGUACCACUUAAAAGCUCUGACCGAAAAGAUAGUGCGAGUCCUGCAGACCAUGUCGUGUCCGCAUAAGAUAGAGCCCCAUCAGAUCCAGGGCAUGGAUUGUAUUCAUAUAUUCCCCGUCAUCCAAUGGUUGGUUAAGAAGUCCAUUGAGACGAGACAACAGAUGAGUGAAUACCUGAAGAAUUACGCGAACUGGCAGUUCAAUCGGUGCCAUACUGUCCACACAGACACAGACCAAUCGUCCACAAUUACAUCACCCGAUGAUGUAAGGCAUCCCAAACGCAAAUACAGACACCCGGCACGACAUAAACUGGUUGAACCUGAUGUUAGAGUGCGGACCACACUUCUUGAGUACGGAUACUUUGACACCAAAAGUACUGGUGAUAGCACUUCCAGCGCUCCGAAGACUAGUGAACCAAAUAGUGAGCAAAAGGACUCGGAUUCGCGAUUAAACGAUUCGCUAAUGAAUUCAAUGCAAACGGAAUCCAACAAAAUAUCGGCCGCUUUUGUGGGCGCUAUAGUCGGCGCACAAUCCGAUGAAAUACAAAAGUUGGCCGAAGAGUACAACCGAAAGAGAUUAGAGAGAGAAGAGAAUAGUAUUGAACGUAAGGAACGGGAGCUCAAGAGUCGUGUGGAGGCGGCGAAGAAGGAGUUGUCGGCCGCCAAACAAAAGGAAUCCGAAAUUAGAGAUAAAAUUCAGUUAUUUAGACAACGAAUUGAAAUUGUGAGACAAAAACAGGAAUCGUUUGAACCCAAAGACAAUGAGAGAGUGGAGGAGAGGGAGGAGAAGAAGAAUUUGAGUCACAUUUUGGAUGCGCUUAAGAAACAGAAGACAGAAUUCAAACAGUUUUGUAGAGAAGAGAAACAGAGAUUAGAGAAACAAAUCGAGGAGUUGUCUAAUCAGACGACAGACACCGAAGACGAGACUGAAGUGGAAACUGAAGUACAAACCUAUGAGGAGAAGCACUCGAAGUAUAAGAAACAGUUGGCAGACCUUAAUAAGAAUGUGUCCAAAAUUCAACGCAAGUUCGAUGACAUCCCAACCCGAGCUGAGCUCUCGCAGUACCAGAAGAGAUUCAUUGAGUUAUAUAAUCAGGUGGCCGCAAAACAUAACGAAACGAAAAAGUUUUAUACGCUUUACAACACAUUAGACGACGAGAGGAUGUAUUUGGAAAAAGAGCUCAAUUUGAUUGGCUCUAUAUUAGACAACUUCUAUCAAGCUCAAAACUCAAAUAAUGUAAGAGAAGAAUAUUUACUACAAUUCGAGCAAAUCGUGGAGAAUAUAAAGCAAACAAAACUCAAAGUAGAGAACAGAAGGGUUACGGAGAAAGCAAAACGAGACCAAUUGAAUGACUCUUAUUUGGAGUUAAUUGAAAAGCAACGACUCUAUUAUAAAGGAGUCAAAGAUUUUAAAGAGGAAUGUAAAACCAAUGAAAGACUUAUCGCUGAACUCGAGAAUAGAAAAUCCAAGAAUAAACAAUAG